UCUGCAGGAAGCCACGGACCCCGAGGCUGGGCAGCGCUGUACCCAGAGUGUGCCGCUAACAACCAAUCACCUGUGGAUAUUAUAGAUGACCACGCCUCAGUUUCGGAGGAGUACCAGGAGUUGGUGCUCGAUAAGUUCAACGUUGAAUCGUCCAACCAAACCACCAUGAAAAACACCGGGAAAACAGUUGCUGUGCUCCUGAAGGACGACUACUUUGUGAGAGGCGCUGGACUGCCUGGGCGCUUUAAGGCUGAGAAGAUGGAGUUUCAUUGGGGCCAGACUAAUGGAUCAGCAGGCUCAGAGCACAGCAUCAAUGGGAGAAGGUUCCCCGUAGAGAUGCAGAUCUACCUUUACAAUUCAGACGACUUUGACAGCCUCAGCGCCGCCAUCAAGGAAAGACGCAUCAUCGCUGCCAUGGCUGUCUUCUUUGAGCUGGGGCAAAAAGACAACCCAGCAGUGGACCCAAUCAUCCAGGGACUGAAAGGAGUGGUGCAUCAUGAAAAAGAAACAAACCUCAGGUCAUUCAUCUUGAGGGAUCUGCUGCCGUCAUCAGUGGACAGUUAUUACCGCUAUACUGGCUCUCUGACCACUCCGCCCUGCAGCAAAGUCGUGGAGUGGAUCAUCUUCUCCAGGCCUGUGUUUCUGUCCCACUCACAGCUGGAUGCUUUUUACUCCAUCUUUACAACGGAACAACAGGACCAUGUCAAGUCGGUAGAUCACCUGAGGAACAACUUCAGGCCCCUGCAAGACCUGAACAAUAGAGAGAUUUUUAAGUCAGCCGUAAAAGAUGCAUGGCAGAAAGAUUUGACUGAAAUCCUAGGAGGUCCUCAUAGCACGGAGGCUUCGAGAGUGUGCAGCAGCGCCCCAGUGAACAUGAAGAUCCAGCCGCUGAACCAGACCGCACUGAUGGUGAGCUGGGAACGCCCUCUGACAAUCUACCACCCCCCCAUCACCGGCUACAUGGUCUCCUAUAGCUGGGUGAAGCGUGACGUCGCCGAUGAGAAGACCUUCACCAAGACUGGGGACCAGAGGAUGAAAGCAGUGAUUACUAAUGUAUCCCCGGACCUCCUGUACCUGUUCAGAGUGCAGGCAGUGUGUCAGCACGACCUGCGCACAAAUACAACAAGAAUCUUUGAAGGGUCUCGGAUUGUGAAGACUGGGAUGCCAACAAUUUCUCCAGCUUCUUCAGCCGACAUGGCCCCCAUCAGCUCUGGCUCCUCCACUUGGACGUCCUCUGGGAUCCACUUCUCCCUCGUCUCCAUGGCAACCGGAAUGGGACCUUCCUCCAGUGGUAGCCAGGCCACUGUGGCGUCGGUGGUGACGAGCACCUUGUUGGCCGGCCUGGGAGUUGGCGGCGGGGUCAUUUCCUCUCUGCCUAGUUCAGUCUGGCCCACACAGGCUCCCCACGCCACCCAGAACCCGACACAUCCCUCCACCUCACCCGCAAAGUCCAGGGCCGAGCAGACGGCACAUCCAGGUGCUGAGGCAGACAAACAGGCUGAGGACAAACAGGCUGCGCGUGAGGGUGAGGAGGAGGAAGGUGAGGGCGAGGGAGAAGGAGAGCAGGAGGAUGAAAAAGACGAAGAGAAGAGAAAGACCAAGAAUCCACCUGAUAACGAGAAGAAGCGAGCAGACAGCACCGUGGCUGAAGAGCCUUUAAGGCCAACCCCCGCAUCCACAGCCAAAGAGAAAGGAGAAGGCAAACCUACGAUUAAAGGCACCACAGACCCUGCAAGCACCGACGACCAGCUGCUCAGUGUGGAGAAGAAUCAUACAGAAGGAAAUGCAGUCUCCACUCAGGAGACCCGUAAUGACAGCACUGAGAUGCAGAUCCCCCAGAGCUCCACACUAUCCCCAAAGAUUAAUGACGGGAAGAGUGACUGGCCCUUUUCUGUCCAGACUGACCAAACUCCUUUGACCAAUGGGACACGGACCUCUCACUCAGGUGUGAGCCGUAUGGUGUGGAUGGUCCCCUUGGUGGUGGUUUCUGCUCUCACUCUGCUGUGCCUCAUCAUGCUGCUGAUUGUGAUGGUCUACUGGAGGAGAUUUUUCCAAACAGCUCAUUUCUAUGUUGAAGAGAGUAGCUCUCCAAGGGUGGUGGCCAAUGAGAAUAUCCCAAUUAUCCCGAUUCCAGAUGACAUGGAGGCCAUCCCUGUCAAACAGUUUGUUAAACACAUCAUGGAGCUCUACAAAAACAACAUGCAAGGUUUUGCGGAGGAGUUUGAGGAAGUCCAACGCUCCACAGUCGACCUGAAAAUCACAGCAGAACAUUCCAAUCAUCCUGACAACAAGCACAAAAACCGAUACAUCAACAUUGUGGCAUAUGACCACAGCAGGGUGAAAUUACGAGCUUUGGCGGGGAAAGAUGCAAAACAUUCGGAUUACAUCAACGCCAACUAUGUGGAUGGCUACAACCGACCCAGAGCUUAUAUAGCCGCUCAGGGUCCUCUUAAGUCUACGUUCGAGGACUUCUGGAGGAUGGUCUGGGAGCAGAAUACUGGGAUCAUUGUCAUGAUAACUAAUCUUGUGGAAAAGGGAAGGAGAAAAUGUGACCAAUACUGGCCAACAGAAAACAGCGAGCAGUACGGAAACAUCGUGGUGACGCUGAAAAGCACCGAAGUGCACGCCUGCUACACCCUGCGCCAUUUUCUUAUAAGGAACACUAAAGUUAAAAAGGGUCAGAAGGGGAAUCCAAAAGGGAAGCUGAAUGAGCGCACUGUGGUCCAGUAUCACUACACUCAGUGGCCUGACAUGGGCGUCCCAGAGUACACCCUUCCUGUUCUCACCUUCAUCAACCGCUCCUCAGCGGCUCGCACUGCAGACAUGGGUCCGGUCCUGGUACACUGCAGUGCUGGGGUUGGGCGCACGGGAACGUACAUCGUCAUUGACAGCAUGCUGCAACAGAUCAAGGACAAAAGCACAGUCAGCGUCCUGGAUUUCCUCAAACAUAUACGCACACAACGCAACUACCUAGUCCAGACGGAGGAGCAGUACGUCUUUAUCCACGAUGCUCUGAUGGAGGCCAUCCUCAGCAGAGAGACCGAGGUGCCCGCCUGCCAGCUGCACAGCUACGUCAACAGCAUCCUAACGCCCAACUCCACCGGCCGCACGCGGCUGGAGAAGCAGUUCAGGCUGCUGACUCAGUGCAACGCACGCUUUCUGGAGUGCUUCAGCGCCCAUAAAGACUGCAACAAGGAGAAGAACCGCAAUUCCUCAGUGGUACCCUCGGAGCGAGCGAGGGUUGGACUCACCACUCUGCCUGGCAUGAAAGGAACAGAUUACAUUAAUGCAUCCUACAUAAUGGUACGGAGUAAUGAGUUCAUCGUGACCCAGCAUCCUUUGCCCCACACCACCACAGAUUUCUGGAGGAUGAUUUGGGACCACAAUGCUCAGAUUAUUGUCAUGUUGCCCGACAACCAGGGUUUGGCUGAGGAUGAAUUUGUUUACUGGCCAAGUCGGGAAGAGGCCAUGAAUUGUAUCGCCUUCACUGUCACUCUCAUCAGUAAGGACAGACUGUGCCUCUCCAACGAAGAGCAGAUCAUCAUCCAUGACUUUAUCUUAGAGGCUACACAGGAUGACUACGUUCUUGAAGUGAGACACUUUCAAUGCCCAAAGUGGCCAAAUCCAGACGCUCCUCUCAGCAGCACUUUUGAACUGAUCAGUGUCAUUAAGGAGGAAGCCAUGACUCGAGAUGGCCCCACUAUUGUGCACGAUGAGUACGGAGCAGUGUCGGCGGGGAUGUUCUGUGCCCUGACCACGCUGGCCCAGCAGCUGGAGAACGAGGGGCUCGUCGACAUCUAUCAAGUGGCAAAGAUGAUCAAUCUCAUGAGGCCGGGAGUCUUCACUGAUAUAGAGCAGUACCAGUACCUUUACAAAGCCAUGCUCAGCCUGGUCAGUAACAGAGAGUGCAGCCUGAGCCCCAUGCACAUGGACACUAAUGGGGUGGUGGUGAUCGGGGACGAGUCGGACCCUGCGGAGAGCAUGGAGUCGCUCGUCUGAGGACAUUCUCGCAGGCACCUAAUUUGUAAAAAUCCAAGAACUUUUCUGAGGCCUUUUUUGCCAGACUAUUGAUUAAACAAAUAACCUUAUUACUUUUUAUACUGAUAAAGGUUUUUGAUAUUUAUGUUUUUGUCCUUUAUUUCUUGUCUUAAAUGUUCUCCUGCUGAGCAUUUGCACCUGUUUUAAGUUGACAUGAGGAAAAAGCAGCUCUGUCCAGUUUGCACUAUACUAUCAGUGUUACUGCCUAAACCCAGUGAGUGAAACUUUGGAAACGGUCGAAUUCCGCCAUCACCGCAGAACUGGGGUCUUGGACCGCGUCGAGACAAACCUGAAGCAUGAAGACCCGGAUGAGUCUAGGCGACCCACCUCCAAUAACGUCUCAACAACAACACUCCAUCACAUGAUUACAUAGCCCAGCAUGUAUUUUUCACCUUGUCACUGCAGUCACACCCUUUUGAGGCUCCGCUCCACCCGGGUGGAGCUUUUUUAUCACACACAAAGAGACUCGUAGCUGCCUAUACAUUUAUGUCCCAGUAUCUCACUGCUGUCCUGUAAAAUGUACUUAUGGCUUAUUUUUGUUAAAGUGCGUUACAACACCUAAUGUGAACAUUUAUUGCUUUUUACAGGGAUUUAUAUUGUUAUAUUGUUUUGUAAUAUAUAUACAUAUAUACAUAUAUAUAUAUACUUACAUAUAUUCUAUCCUUAAUAGCCAGUUGUUAUUUUUUGUCCUUUUUCUUUUGUCCGUUUUUUGUUUGUUUAUUUCUUUCUUGUACUUUUGCAAAUCGUCCACUGGCCUUGGCGUGGAUUCAUAUUUUCAGAGAUUUAGUUGCUUCUCCUGCAAAGCCGACAUUUCCCCAGUCAUGUUUGUUUUUGUUUUCUUUAACCUCAGCAGUAAAAGCUCAGCUUUUAUAACACAUGUAUCUGUACCGACACAAUGCAAUGCCUACAAAAAAAACAAAAAAAAAACGAUAAGUGUUCACUCCACACAGUUUUUCAUGUUUUAUUUUACAACGUUUUGUCACAGUUGAUGUAAUUCGCAUUUCGCUUAAACACUGAUCAACACAGAAAUAACCUUAAGGUCAAGGUGAAAAUGAAUGUUUGAGUACUGAGGUAGAUUUUUCUAAAUAGAGAGACAAGAAAAUGAUGCAGACGUUUUUUCUUUGUUUGCGUCGGGGAGGAAAUGCUGGAUCGGCUUUGGGCUUUCGGGAGGCUUUCCUCUGCAAAGAGCUGCUCAGUGAGAACUUUCUCUUGACUGGAUAGGUCUGUUGACUCUGACUCCCCCACUUUUGAACAGUCCUUCAUAUGAAUAUUGCUGCAGCUAAUUCAAAGUUUCCAUCAGGAAUUCUUCACAUUUCACUGUUUUAGUAGAUUUUACGGUGGAGGAGCAUCCUCUCCAGCCCUCCUGGUGAAGAUGCUAUUCAGUGCCUUGCAAAAGUUCUUUAUUCUCAUACUCGAUUACUACUUUUUAAUUAACCUGACACGUGUUUGGCUUAUCCAUCUGUCUUUAUUUGACAAUUUUCCAGGAAAUAUGCUGUAACGCCAUCAGACAGUCAUCACACGAUGAUGCAACUUAUGAGAAAACCAGUGAUGAAUUCAUUCUCAGAGAUGGGACGGUUGUUUGUGGAGUGUUUUAUCUGCCGUAAAUUUGCAUCAAUACAAUUCUUUUUUUCUUUUCUUUUUUUCACCUUGACACAAAACUCUGCUGAUCAGUGUCUAGAAAAAUAAAUCUGUAAAUAAAUAAAACAUGAAAAAAUCAGAAGGAGGUGAAAACUUUCUAUACACACUGUAGUUUCUUUUUGGUGGGUUGAUGCUUUAUUUGUAACCAAAGAUGUGGUUCCAGUUUGAAACAUGUAAGUGGUUUUGUCCUGAGAUCUAUUUAAUCAACGAGAAUUUAAAAUCGAAAUUUGUUCAAGCGUGCAGUACAGAUUUCCAGUGUCAAAGGUGUGAAUUUAACCAGAGUUAAGCAUGUUUCUGUUUGAGCCUCAGGAACUAAACUUUCAGAUAAUCUGACUUUGUGAUGCUUUCCUCACAUUAGAAAAUAAGGUUUCAAAUUCAGACUGUAAAUUGUAUUUUAUUUGGGCCAAUAUUCCGUCUCUGCGUUAUUUUGUGGCUAUAAUUAUAAUCCCUUUUCAACCCU